GUCAAAUAGGUUAGAAAAUGGAUAAGACUUGACUGAGUCAUAACAAAUUCUCAGCUGAUCAAUCAAGUUUUUUUGGUUUUUAAUUAUUAUCAAAAAUAAAAGUACCCAAAAAAAGGGGCUGUAAAUUUUAAUAUCGCGGGAGAAAAGCAAAAAGUGUUUGACACAACGGGGGCCGAACAAUCAGCAAUGUCCGUCUCUCAGAUGGAAAAAAAUCUUUUUAAUCUUAAAUUCGCCGUUAAGGAAUUGGAGAGAAAUUCAAAAAAAUGCGAAAAAGAAGAAAAAAUUGAGAAGGGCAAAAUAAAAAAAGCCAUUCAAAAGGGUAAUAUGGAGGGUGCAAGAAUACACGCAGAAAAUGCGAUAAGACAAAAAAAUCAGGCAUUAAAUUAUUUACGAAUGAGCGCAAGAGUUGAUGCUGUUGCAAGUCGUGUACAAACAGCAUUGACAACACGUAAAGUGACACAAUCAAUGGCCGGUGUUGUUAAGGCAAUGGACGCUGCAAUGAAAUCAAUGAAUUUGGAAAAAAUUUCUGGACUCAUGGAUAAAUUUGAAAGUCAAUUUGAAGAUUUAGAUGUACAAAGUUCAUAUAUGGAGAAUGCAAUGUCACAAACAACAACGACAAAUGUACCACAAAAUGAUGUUGAUUCAUUAAUGCAACAAGUUGCCGAUGAGGCUGGAUUGGAACUAAAUAUGGAACUUCCAUCUGAAAAUUUGAGUAGUAUAGGAUCGACGACAACUUUAUCGCAAGAACAAGACGAGUUAACUCAACGAUUGGCUCGUCUUCGGGAAUAGUGAAUUUAAAAAAUAAAAUUACGCCCUUAUUCCCAUUUUUCUAAGUGUAUAUUAAAAAUAAAUUUUAGUUUGUUAAUGAUUUUAUUCUUGAACUGAAAGCACUUUUAGGCUCACGCACGCUUCGAAAAUGAAAUCGCCGAUUUUUGUUCGUGAGAGAAAUAUUUUUUUUAUAUAAUAAUAAUAAUAAUAAUAAUGAUAAUAAAUAUAUAUAUAUUAAAAGUU